UUAUUUCCCUUUAAAAACAUACGCCAUAUUGAAAGAUCAAGCAAAAUGGGACGGAAGAAAAAGAAGCAAUUAAAACCUUGGUGUUGGUAUUGUAACAGAGAGUUUGACGAUGAGAAGAUACUUAUACAGCACCAGAAAGCCAAGCAUUUCAAGUGUCAUAUUUGUCAUAAAAAAUUAUACACAGGACCUGGUCUUUCAAUUCAUUGUAUGCAGGUACACAAAGAAAAAAUAGAUAAAGUUCCCAAUGCAUUACCAGGAAGACAGAAUACAGAGAUAGAAAUAUAUGGUAUGGAAGGAAUACCUGAGGAAGAUCUUCAACAACAUGAAAAACAAAAACUAGACCACCCAGCUAAAAGGUUAAAAGAUGACAGUGAUGACGAUGACAGCAAUAGUGGCUUUCCUACAACUAGCACUAGUAAUAACAUGCCACCGAUGCCACCUGUACCAAUGCCACCAUUUGGUAUGCCAGGGCCAGGAAUGCCUCCUAUGCCACCAGGGCCUAUGGGUCCUGGGCCAAUGAUGGGGCAUAUGGGUCCAAUGGGACACCACAUGGGUGGACCAAUGCCUCCUAUGGGCAUGGGGCCAAUGGGUAUGCCACCCAGACACCAUCCAGGGAUGCCAAUGCCACCAAGGCCACCACCAUUCAUGCAUGGAGGCCCACCACCAGGUCCCAUGAUGGGAGGACCAAGCAUGCCAAUGUCAGCUCCAUCUAAGCCAUUAUUCCCAUCAGCUGUUCAGACAUCAACUGCUCCAUCAUCAGUCUCAUUAUCACAUUCAUCCAACCCUGUAACAUCAUCUGGUCCCUUGUUCAAGACGGCACCAGCUACAAGCAGUGCACCACCCAAGCCUACAUUCCCAUCAGCAGCAGCAGUUUCAGCCUCUCCACCAUCAAGUGCAACUAUCACUGGAGCACCACAGAUUAAAAAACCAGAAUCUAGUUCAGGUUUGACCUCAAAACUAAUGCAUCCAGACGAGGAUAUAUCUCUGGAAGAAAAAAGAGCAAGCAUGCCCAGAUAUCAGAGUAUGAUGAACCCUGGAAAACAGCAACAGCCACAAGGUAUGAUGGGGAUGUCUUCUAACAAUAUGUACAAUCAAGGUGGAUAUGGACCUCCACCUGGUGGCAAUAGACGAUACUGAAAUCAUGGAUUAUCCACAGAAACUAGUGCAUCAUCUUUUUAUCGGUUUUAAAUGUUGUUCUUUUAUUUAUAUUUUAUAGAAAUGUAAUAUUGUGUUGAAUAAUGGGACAAAAGCUGGAAAUGUGAUGCUAUACAUGCCUGUUUAUAAACAGGUAAGCACAAAGUCACAUGUUGUUAUUAAACUCACAUUGUUCCACAGACUCCCAUGAUAAUUAUAACUGGUAAGUGAAAUCAAAUAAAAGAGGUCAAUUAUCUCUACGGACAUGUAAGGUUUGUAAUUUUAUUGUAUUUGUACAUUAUGGAAAAUUGUCAAAUAUUUCCUUUUAAUAAAGAUCUUACAUUGUUAUGACAUUUA